AAUAAUGGAAGAGAUGAAAUUAACAAAUGAAGAAUUACUGAAUAAGAAACAGAAUAUAGUUAAGAAAUGUAAGAAAUGUAAUGAUGGAAAUAAUAUGUUUAAAUAAGUGAAGUUUGGGACAUCCAAAUGGUAAAUAAUGUGUCUGUUUAAGGCUAGGUUGGAUAUGGUAUUUGGAAAUUAAUAAUAGCUGAAAACAGGAUUUUGAUUUACAUAGGUAAUGGGUUGCUGAUAACUUUUAUUGAUUAAUGGAAUUUUUAUUUAGGAAUGUAUUAACAAAUGUAUUAUUUGCGCCGUAUAUUUAUGAUGUUAUUGUAUUCAACUGAUUACCCUAUCUCCACAUUUGUUCUUAAGCUUCUUGGUGCAAAAAUGGAAAAACCAAUAAAAUUGUUUGGAAAAAAAAAAGAAUUAGAGACUCUGAGAUUCUGAGGCUGGAAAGCAGAAUCUGAUGGACUGUCAGUCUACAGUUGAGGAAAAAAAACAGACAGCCACCUGAAAUUGUUCCUGGGACAAUAACUAGAUCUGAAAAAGUGGAGGCUGAUUUUGAUAAUCAGAAAUAAGUGCGAGGAACCCAAACAUAGUGCCAAUUAAGAGCUGCUAGGCAAGGCAAAUAAUUCUGGCUAUAUGAUAUGAAUGAAACCAGGUUUCAUUCCUCCAUUGCAAAUGGAUCUUUGGCUUAUGACCCAGGGGACUGGGGCUUCUGGAUUGCCUUGGCUCUUGGCUAUCAGUCUGCCCUCUAAACAAUAGCAGGCCUUUUACCUUUGGCUAGUCUCAACUUACUGAUUUAUUAAAACACUAGUGCUAUAAUUUACCACCAAGAGCACUGACUUUAAUUGCAUACGUAUGUGUGGCACAUUUAGAACCCUCAAUGUUAUCGCUUUCCCAGGUCCUGUGUUUGCUGCCUUUGGAGUAAGUCAAUAAAAGUCAAAGAAUUAUGUUUUUUUCUCUGCCUAUUACUGGUUUUGGCCUCAAACAGAACAUUUGCUUUUUCUUGUUUGAGAAAGUAGCAUUACUAGUAAUAGCAUGUAAUAUUGACAGGGAAUGCAGAAUUACUGUUAUUAUACUGCUAUAAUUACUGAAUUUCUGAAUAAAUUACUGAAUAAACUGAUAUGGAUUAAAUUGAAGGAAUAUUCUGUAUUGCUACUAGCUAUCAAGUAGUGUAGUGUUUUGAUGUUCUUGGUUUACAGUGUAAUAGUACUUUUGCACUGGCAAGGUGUACAAAUUAUGUUAUACAAAAGCAAUGUUGAAAGUAAGUAUAUAGUGUGAAGAGGGUUAAUACAAGAAAAUGUCAAUAAAGGCUUUAAACAUGCUGUAUUAUGUUUAAGUUUUGGACCUUAAACAUACUGUAUUAUCAGUAAAUAAGAAAAUGUUAGUCUUAACAACAUAAAUCCUAGAAAAUUUGACUCCUGUACAGAGAAUCUGAUGAUUAGCUGGAACUGACUAAACAAAGCAGUAGACAUAAUAUUGCCUACGUUCAUAAGGAUUCUAUAAAUCAUUGUAGCCCAAAUUUUGUGGCCAAUUUAAAAAUGCCCUAAUAACAAAUUAUAUCUACUGUAACUGCAGUUAAUUGCAGUUAAACAAAUAGUUGGCAUUUGUAUAUCAAAAUUUUCAACUAUUCUGAGUGUGUUCUGGGUCUUACAAUGAUCCUAAAAUCUCGAUAGAAAUUGUUCAAUCUACACGUAGUCCUCAUUUAAUAACCACAAUUGGGACCAGCAACUCAGUUGUUAAAUGAAAUGGUUGCUAGGUGAAAGUAUAAGUUUGCUAAUGAUCUCAUUUCAGCUUUCCUUUGCUUUACAGACCUGUGAAGGUUGCAAAUGUGAGGAUUAAUCAUGUUAUUUUGCAUCACCACUGUAACUGCAAAUGGUCAUUAAACAAGGUAGUUCCUAAAUGAAGGCUAUCUCUAUCUCAAAGGGAAGCAGAAGAGAAAUACAAGUUAAGAAAACAAUAACUUGCCUAAGUAUUCUAGAUGUUAGUGAUUGAGAGGUUUCAUUGUGUAGAUAUCUACUCAUACAAAAAUUUUAAGUUACAGGCUAUUAUUAUAAAUACAUAUAUAAUGCUGUUCUGUAUGGAAGAGAGGUGCAGUCUGGCAUAGCUGUUAGUUUUCCUGCUGUUAAUAGACAAUUUCAAGACCCCAUCUAUUCAUUCUUAUGGUUCUUAUUCUUUACAAACAUGAAACAUAAAGGUAAUAAAAGUCUUUGAGUAUUUAAAAUGAAAAAAUAAUGGUUCAGGAAAGGUAUUAUGAUGUUGUAAAUUGUCCUGAGUUGCUUAAUAUUGAGAUGAGUGGCAUAUACAUUUAAUAAAUAAAUAAAUAGUAAACAUAGACCCUUCCAUCUUUGUUUCCACUCUUCAAUAUCUCAAAAGCAGAUGAAGAUGAUCUGCAAGUAUCAUCUCUGCCAACUUCACAAAGAACCAAUCUCAUUUUGAUUUCUCAGUAGACCCUGUAAAAACAAAAUUUCGCUAAUAAAGUAAAUAAUGGUUGUACAAAAGAGUUCUUAUGAGGAGCAGCCGCAAACCUAACAAACUACCUUCCUCUUUGAAAAACUGGGAUGAAAGGAAGAUCUGGGAAAGCAUAGCAAGAUAGAUGAGGAAACAAACUCCCAACAGCAUUAACAUUAAACAAAAUACUAGGGUUUUUUGUAUGUGUUCAAAAAUAUAAGCCCUGAGCUGGGAAAAAAACUUAGCUUAUUUCUCAAAUUCAGCCAAUGCUGGGGGAUUCCAAAAGUCCAGACUUGCAAACUGGUGCCUAGUUCUCAUGUGAAAGUGCCCAAAUAUUACAUAAAGUUGUCCAAGUGAAAAUAAUUUUUUGAAUACUAUUUUGGCAGUCUAUCAUUAUGUGUCCUGGGGUCAUUUUCAAAUCUUAUAAACCACAGAUUUAUAUUUUCUCUAUGAAUUUUCAAUUAUUUUAUAUAAAUAAAAAAUAGAAAUUUUAUAUUUGUGUAAUAUUUUAAGUAAAAGUAUUUAUAUAUUUAAAUGUACCAGACAGGUAAAUAAAUAGCUUCCACAUCUCUUUAAACAUAGUGAAGUUGAUUUCCAGACCUCAGUCUCUUUCAUUCAUCUUUGUGUAGUCAAAAUAUCUGGCCCCUCCAGCACUACCGCAGUGGAAUAUUACUACAGGGACCAUAUCUUAUUGGAGAAAUAAAGGGGAAACUUGAAAAAGGGGCCAAUCUGAGAGAAGUUCACAAAGAUAAAAAAAAAUAUAACUGUUAUACAACAGUGUGUACCGUAUUUCAAACUUGGCAACUUAAAAGAUGUGUGGACUACAACUCCCAGAAUUCUUGCUGCUGACUGGAGAAUUCUGGGACUUGUAGUCUACAUCUUAAAGUUGCUAAAAUUUAGAAGCCUUGCAAUAUUAAUGUCAUUAGGAAUGCUAAGAAGGAUGGCUACAUAGGGCAUAUAUCCAUGUUAUUUCCGUGUUCUUAUUCUUCUCUACAUACAAGUUCAGGUGAUCACUGAUUAAAGAAACUGACCCUUUACCUAGUCAAGGCUCUGUGUUCUGGCUUUACUGAACUGACCCUCAUAGUAAAUGAGGAGAUUUGCCGCUCAUCUCGGCCCUUGGACCAAAGGACAAAUCAGAGGGCGAACUAUCGAACUCUUCAUAAGUCAGCCUCCCGCUACCCGUUGGGCAUCCUAAAGGCUAAUUAGCAAGUAGCAGCGGCUCAAACUCUUACGAAUUGCAACGUCCGGGAGCCUAGACACCUUCGGGGAAUCCCCAACCACACAGGAGGUGAACAAGGAUACACUGCCGCGGAAGGUGGAGGCUCGCAGUGGCCGACAGACCUCGCGAGAAAAGGCGGUAUUUUGGGGGCUGCGGCUCCUCCUCCUCCGGCAGCGAAUAGGCGGCUGAAGCAGGCCUGCGUGGAGGAGGAAGAGCGCGAGAAACCAGCCGGCAUUGCUGAGCGAGGCAAGUGGCUCGGCCCGCUGCGGGGAAGUCGCGCCUGCCUGUCUGCCUGUCAAGAUGUCGGGCGGGCGGGUGUGCGCUGCCUGCGGCGGCUCUGACAUAGAGGUGGACUCAGCCCGGGGCGAUGCAGUGUGCACCGGAUGCGGUUCGGUGCUGGAAGACAACAUCAUCGUCUCGGAAGUGCAGUUCGUGGAGAACAGCGGCGGAGGCUCCUCGGCAGUCGGGCAGUUCGUCUCCCUCGACGCAGCAGGAAAAACUCAAACUGUUGGAGGAUUUCAUGUCAACUUGGGAAAGGAGUCACGGGCACAGACUUUGCAAAAUGGAAAACGCCAGAUCCAUCAUUUAGGGAACCAGCUGCAACUAAAUCAACAUUGUCUUGAUACAGCCUUCAACUUUUUCAAAAUGGCAGUGAGCAAGCACUUAACUCGUGGGAGGAAGAUGACCCAUGUCAUAGCAGCAUGCCUCUACUUGGUGUGUAGGACAGAAGGCACUCCGCACAUGCUGCUUGACCUCAGCGACCUCCUUCAGGUGAACGUCUAUGUGCUGGGAAAAACGUUCCUUCUGUUGGCCCGAGAGCUCUGCAUAAAUGCUCCAGCUAUAGAUCCAUGUUUAUAUAUUCCUCGUUUUGCACACAUGCUCGAGUUUGGUGAUAAGAACCAUGAAGUCUCCAUGACAGCCUUAAGGCUCCUGCAGCAGAUGAAGAGAGACUGGAUGCAUACAGGUCGACGGCCAUCAGGGCUUUGUGGUGCAGCUCUCCUUGUUGCAGCAAGAAUGCAUGAUUUUCGGCGCACUGUUAAAGAAGUAAUCAGAGUGGUUAAAGUUGGUGAAUCAACAUUAAGGAAAAGACUUACAGAAUUUGAAGAUACACCUGCAAGUCAGCUAACAAUAGAUGAGUUCAUGACCAUUGACCUGGAAGAGGAAUGUGAUCCUCCUUCAUUUACAGCUGGCCAACGAAAGAUAAAGAUUCAGCAGCUUGAGAAGGAAUUGUCAAAAAAGCUUGAAGAAUUAGAAGGUGAAAUAACAAGCUAUCAAGAUGAAAUAGAGAUUGAAUUAGAAAAUAGCCGGCCCAAAGCAAAAGGAGUUUAUGCAAAUUAUAGCAAGGAUGAUUGCAUAGAAGAUACCAUUUCAAGUAUAUUUGGAGAUGAGGAUGGAGAAGAUGAAGAACUGGCAGCAGCUGCAAGUCAUCUGAACAUGGACUUUUAUAAUGAACUUCUUGAUAAAGAUCGAUCAAAAGAAAAAGAAAUUGCUGUAAGGCCAUCUCCUCUGGAAUCACUUCUUGGACCUCUUCCUACUGCAGCCAGUCUUGGAAUAACAGAAUCUAUAAAAGAAUGUAUCUUGACUAAAGACCGAGACCAUAAUGAAAAUACUGGAGAUGGUGAAUUAGAUCUAAGUGGAAUUGAUGACAGUGAAAUAGAUAUGUACAUACUUAAUGAUUCAGAAGCCAGGAUAAAAGCAGAAUUGUGGAUGAAGGAAAAUGCAGAUUAUUUAAAGGAACAAAAGGAAAAAGAAGCAAGGAUAGCAAAAGAAAAAGAGCUUGGGAUUUAUAAGGAACAUAAGCCCAAGAAGUCUGCAAAGAAACGGGAGCUAAUCCAGGCCAGCACAGCAGGAGAGGCAAUUGAAAAAAUGUUGGAACAGAAGAAGAUCUCAAGUAAAAUUAAUUAUAAUGUGUUAAGGGACCUCAACAGCAAAGGAGGUAGCACACCAAAGAAAGAUGAUGAUACCACUGAUGAUAGCACCAGCACCAAGAAGUUAUCAAGGAGAAAAUCUCUUGUGAAUCGGAAUGUGGCUAAUACAGUAAACACCAUGGGGAAAAGGCUAAGGCCCUUGAUUUCAACCCAGCUAGCCAAAAAGCCGGCCACGGAAGAGGCUGUCUUUCCAAGUACUCAGACAGAAACUGAAAAGGUUGAAAAAUCAGGAACUGUGCUGGUGGAAACUGGUCCAGUAUCUUAUAAUCAUGAGGAGGAUGUGGAAGAAGAAGAAAUUGAAGAGGAAGAGGAUCAUUGUGUUAGCGCCCUUAAACUAAUGGGAGGAAACGAUUAUGGCUGUGAUAUGGAAGAUGAUGAUGGAUAUUAAACCUUUCUGUCUCCAAAUGGAAAUUGUGGGAGAAGCCACUAGUAGUAAAAACAACUUUUCCUGCCUUGGAAACAAAAGUUCUGUUUGCAGUGGAUUCCUGUCAGUUUUCUUUGACCUACAGGCAGGCACUGCAGCUUGGCUUUAGAAUACUUGAAAUGUUUCUGAUUUGGAUCAUGAUAUAAGAAAAAGAUUAACUGAAGCAACAGUUCCAGAGAUGAAAGAAUAGCCAAAUGGCUGCCCAAGCAUCCUUUGGACUUACCAUGUACUGGAUUCAAUAAUAUACAUUGCUGUAAGAAUGUGUACAAAGAAGAAGAAUUGUUACAGAAUGCUAGACUUUUGUGUGAAUAUAUUUGCGACUUGAACAUUUUUGAGUUGUACUGUUUACAUCAAUAGGAUUCUCAACAGCAGAAGCUUGUUCCUGCUAUAACAUCCAUGUCUUCAUGCUUCAGAAGUGGUAAAACAUAUCAAAAUGGGCAGACAACUUCCUUUGGAAACAAGUUAAAAUGUAUUGUUUGUUUGUUUGUUUGUUUGUUUGUUAAUACCAUCCUAGGAUCAGACCAUUGCUUGCCUGUCAACUCUAUGCCAGUGUAAGACAAAAAAGUUGCUUUAUUAGAGUGGAGACCUCAUGGGUGUUGGUGUUGUUCAAAGCUUCUUUGCAAGGCGAGUUAUUGUGUGUUCCAAGAACAUUAAGCUGGGUCUUCCUUUACACCAGGGGUGUCAAACUGCUGGCCUGCAGGCCGGAUGCAUCAUAGCAAAACCGCGCCCACCCCAUUGCUGGCACUGGGAAAAAAAUUGCGAUAUGUCACGACACCCUUGCUUUACACUCACUGCUACUAUUAGAGAUGAGGCAAGCAAAGGCUAGGCUGAUAACAGAAGGAAGGAAAGCUCAAUAGAUUAACAUCUGACACUCUUCUUUUUUCUGACUGAGGACCAUUUCACAAGUUUUCUGUGCCCCAUCCCAGGUUUUAUUUUUUAAUUUUAAAAACAAGAUGAUAUCUCAGGGCAAUUUCUGUCCUCUUGUCAGAAGUGUCAGAUUUCUCUCCAAGGUAAUGCCUUUGUUUUGUUUUGUUAAGCAAGUAGUUUGAAGUAUUUUUUUUCUGUUUGAUGUAAAGUAAUUUUCUAUUAUGUAAUGAUGUCAUUAAGGAUAUAUUUAUAGCUCAACAGUGCAAAAGGCUCAUUUAUCAUUACUUUAACCAGUUAAUCAGUUGGUAUAACUAGUAUCCUGAAAAAUGUAAAACAGACUAGUAGUUUCCCCACCUAAAUUGUGUAAGACAGAUUUUUCUUGAUUCUCAUCCUCCCCGGACUAUAAGUUAGCUCUGCCCAGUUUUCAUGUUGAUCUUUAUUAGCCAAACUACCUCUUUUUGCCAAUGUUAACUGUACCGACUCAAGGUGGGAUGAUGUUUUUAUUUCAUCCACUUGAAGACUAAAGUGGAAACUAUUUUUUUCCUUUGUUUCCAAGGCCAGGAUCUCAAAUGGCAAACUGUGUCUUAAUUAUAUUGCUUUAGUUUGCAAAUUGGAAUUCCCAUGAGGAAAUGGCAUUCCAUGCAAAUGAUCCUUUCCAGAUAGGCAACUUAGCAUAGUAGAGAAAAAUGCUGGCAUUUUUUUUUUACACAAAGAAGCUUUCAAUCAAUGACACUUCACACUUAGACUGGCACACUCUAUGCUUGCAGUCUGAAAUAGUUUGGGCCAGGUACAGAUUUAUCACUUUAUUAAAUUAAUCUCAAGGUGCUGGUUAAAGGUUAGCAAUAUGUUCAGUAAGGAGAAUAUGGCUAGUCCAGUUAGCUAUUCCUGUGUGAGGGCCAUUUAUCUUGGCACUGAAUUACAAUAUUAGUACUUGUAAAAUUACAACUCUUUUUUUCAAUAGUACUUUGUCCAGUUUUACUCUGAAAAAGAUUGUUAUGGUAACAUAAUUUAUUCAUUGCUAGAGGAACAAGCAAAACAAAUGAUUUUUUGUAAGCACUGAAUUAGGAGUUUGCCAACAAUUAGCUUGAGCAGCUGCUGCUUUGCCUUAUGGCAGGGAUGAGAAACCUGUACCCCUCCAGAAGUUGCUGAACUACAACUUUUGGCAGUCCCAGCCAGCAUAGCCAAUGACGAGGGAUGCUGGAGGCUGUCAUCCAACACCAUCUGGAGGACCAUAGGUUUUGCAUCUCUGCCUCAUAAGUUCAUUUGUUUCUAAAGAGAUGUUCCAAAAGAGGUAAAACUUCUGGUCAGUGACUUUAUCUCCUCACUGCAUUGGAAAAAAUGAAAGUCUCUCUAUCAGACUUCUUAGAAGAGAAAUUGCUACUGCGUCAAAAGUAUUAUGUUGGCAGAAGAAAAAAAUACACAUAUGAAAUCCAUAAUUUUGGAAUCAGAUGUAACUUAAUAAUGUUUGUAUUCCAGAUCAAUUUCAUAAUAACCACAUCAGACACCCAACUGUACCUAUGUGGUUGGGUUCUCUAUGCAGCUUGGCAAGUUUCUUUUUUGGGUGUACUUCCUCAUAGCACAGGUUGAUGGAGUUAGGUAUGCAUUGAUGGAGUUAGGUAUGCAUUGUAACCAGUUAAAUUACAGAUCUGGACUGCAAGUUACAAAACUGGAAGGGGUGGGCAGGGGCAUCAUGGACAAACAUGCAAUGGACACUUCUUAAUCAGAGUCUGAGUGGAUCAGGGUUGGCCAUCAUUGUAUCCUCACGUAAGCAUUUUUAUUCUUGUUGAAAAUAAGCUACAAAAAAGUAGAAUUGGGAGUUCUUGUAGGGGCUUGUAAUAUUAAACCAAUUAUCCUAUUUAAUUUUCUAAUAAAAAUGCUGUUUCAAGGAAUGUUUA